AUGGUUGAUUAUCCAGAAACUAAUGAUGUAAUAACUUUUCAUCAGUGUACAAUAUGUAAUGAAAUUUUUAAAAGUUUUUGUAGUUUAGAAAACCACUACAAAGUGCAUGUUAAAGAAGAGAAAACUGGUGACGUAGAUGAAUAUUGUCAUGUUCGUUUUAAAGAAGAGAAAACUGAUGAUGUAGAUGAAUUUUGUCAUGUUAAAGAAGAGAAAGCUGGGGACAUUGAAACAGUUCAUCAGUGUAAUUUGUGUGAUGAAGAAUUUAAUUUAGAAACUGAUUUAGAAAAACACUGUGAAAAACAUGUUAAAGAAGAGGAGUCUGGUUUACAACAUGGUAAACAUUGGGAGAAAACUUUUAGCCAGAACAAUGAAAAAGAAAUACUCAGUUCACAAGAGUUUAAAAAGUAUGAUGUUUGUAGCAAAUCAUUUACUAACAAAUAUCUUAAAAUUCAUGUAAAAAAUCAUAUUACAGAGAAACCUUUUAAAUGUGAUGUUUGUAGUAAAUCAUUCACAUACAAUAGUAAACUACAAAGACAUAUCAGAAUUCAUACUGGUGAAAAACCAUUUACGUGUGAUGUUUGUAGUAAACCAUUCACUGACUGUAGUGGGCUGCAGCAACACAAGAGAACUCAUAUUAAAGACAAACCUUAUAAAUGUGAUGUUUGCAGUAAAUCAUUCACAUACAGUAGUAAACUACAGAGACAUAUCAGAAUUCAUACUGGUGAAAAACCAUUUACGUGCGAUGUUUGCACUAAAUCAUUUACUAUCGGUAGCGAUCUACAGAGACAUAUCAGAAGUCAUACUGGUGAAAAACUUUAUAAAUGUGAUGUUUGUUGUAAAUCAUUUACCAGAAAUAGCCGUCUUCAGAAUCAUAUCAGAAAUCAUUCUGGAGAAAGGCCUUUUACGUGUGAUGUUUGUAGUAAAUCAUUUACUAACCGUAGCGAUCUACAGAGACAUAGGAGAAUUCAUACUGGUGAAAACUGUUUUAAAUGUGAUGUUUGUAGUAAAUCAUUUACUAAUAGUAGAUAUCUACAAGAACAUGUAAAAAGUCAUACAGUAGAAAAACUUUAUAAAUGUGAUGUUUGUAGUAAAUCAUUCACAUACAUUUGUAAACUACAGAGACAUUUCAGAAUUCAUACUGGUGAAAAACCCUUUACGUGUAAUAUUUGUAGUAAAUCAUUUUCAAGACAUAGUGAUCUGCAGAGACAUAUCAGAAUUCAUAGUGGAGAGAAGCCUUGUACAUGUGAUAUAUGUAAUAAACCCUUCACUGAUAGUAGUGGUCUUCAACAACACAAGAGAACCCAUAUAGGAGAAAAACUUUUUACAUGUGAUGUUUGUAGUAAAUCUUUCACUGAUAGUGGUGGUCUACAGCAACACAGAAGAACUCAUACGGGAUUAAAACCUUAUAAAUGUGAUGUUUGUAGUAAAUCUUUCACUGAUAGUGGUGGUCUGCAGCGACACAGAAGAAUUCAUACGGGAUUAAAACCUUAUAAAUGUGAUGUUUGUAGUAAAUCAUUCAGCAGGAGUAGUUUGCUGAAAAGACACAUGAGAAUGCAUCCAAGUGAAAAACUAUGAUAAAUUUAUGGUGUAGUUAGAACUGUUGUCAGUACAACAGCUUUUUGCCCAACUCGGGCUAUAUGAUGGAGUGCUAACAUUUUUAAAUGAAAUGAAAUGGAGUUUAACGUCCUACUUUUCUGCUCCUAACCUGGGCUAAUGAAGACGGGCAUACGCCAUACAGUGUGCUAUGAGGGAAAUUUUGCCCGGACAGCGGCACUACAGCCUACUCUUAUAUCGAAUUCCAACUGCCAAGGGAUCUUUUACGUGCACGCCAAUGUGUACACGGGACGUCGGUUUUUCGUCCCAUCCGAAUGACUAGACAGCUUUCCUUGUCAGCCCCUCCGUCCUGCAUCACUGACAAGGGAGAACCACGCCGGAAAAUCUGGAUGAACUUUCUCGGCCAAUGCAGGGAUCGAACACCCGACCUCCAGGCUAGCGAGCUAGCGUCUUACCCACUUAGCCACGUGAUCCCCAACAUUUUUAAAGGCUACAAAUUUUUAUAAUAAAUUUUAAUUGUAUAUAUUGUAUCAUGAGUUGUGUUUUAAAUAUUUAUAUCUGUAAAGGAUUUGAUAUUUGUUUUAUUUACAUAUAUAAAUACA